AGGGGCGUUCGUCCUUUAUAAAUGGCGCUAGAGGCCGACGGUGGGGGUGUAGGGAGAGGGUGUUGCCGCCAUUUUGUAGGAUGUUUGUCGCAGCGACUGGGAGAGAAGACGGCGGUUUGGUGACAAUUACUGGCCAAAGGGCCUUUUACUUUUGCGGAGAUGAGGCAUUCCAAAAGAACUCACUGCCCUGACUGGGAUAGCAGAGAAAGCUGGGGACAUGAAAGCUACAGUGGAAGUCACAAACGGAAGAGGAGAUCCCACAGUAGUACACAAGAGAACAGACAUUGUAAACCACAUCACCAGCUUAAAGAAUCUGAUUGUCAUUAUUUAGAAGCAGGGUCCUUGAAUGAGAGAGAUUAUCGGGACCGGAGAUACAUUGAUGAAUACAGAAAUGACUACUGCGAAAGAUAUGUUCCUAGACAUUAUCACAGAGACGUUGAAAGCAGUUAUCGAAUCCACUGCAGGAAAUCUUCAGUCCGAAGCAGGAGAAGCAGUCCUAAAAGGAAGCGUAAUAGACACUGUUCAAGUAAUCAGUCACGUUCGAAGAGCCACCGAAGGAAAAGAUCCAGGAGUAUAGAGGAUGAUGAGGAGGGUCACCUGAUCUGUCAAAGUGGAGACGUUCUAAGAGCAAGAUAUGAAAUCGUGGACACUUUGGGAGAAGGGGCCUUUGGCAAAGUUGUAGAGUGUAUUGAUCAUGGCAUGGGUGGCAUGCAUGUAGCGGUGAAAAUCAUAAAAAACGUGGGACGAUAUCGUGAAGCAGCUCGUUCAGAAAUCCAAGUAUUAGAACAUUUAAAUAGUACUGAUCCCAAUAGUGUCUUCCGAUGUGUCCAGAUGCUAGAAUGGUUUGAUCAUCAUGGUCAUGUUUGUAUUGUGUUUGAACUCCUGGGACUUAGUACCUAUGAUUUCAUUAAAGAAAACAGCUUUCUGCCAUUUCAAAUUGACCAUAUCAGGCAAAUGGCAUAUCAGAUCUGUCAGUCAAUAAAUUUUUUGCAUCAUAAUAAAUUAACCCAUACGGAUCUGAAGCCUGAAAAUAUUUUAUUUGUGAAGUCUGACUAUGUAGUCAAGUAUAAUUCAAAAAUGAAACGUGAUGAACGCACACUGAAAAACACAGAUAUCAAAGUUGUUGACUUAGGAAGUGCAACAUACGAUGAUGAACAUCAUAGUACUUUGGUAUCUACACGGCAUUACAGAGCUCCAGAGGUCAUUUUGGCUUUAGGUUGGUCUCAGCCUUGUGAUGUUUGGAGCAUAGGUUGCAUUCUUAUUGAAUAUUACCUUGGUUUCACAGUCUUUCAGACUCAUGAUAGUAAAGAGCACCUGGCAAUGAUGGAACGUAUGUUAGGACCCAUACCAACACGCAUGAUUCAGAAAACACGGAAACACAAGUAUUUUCAUCAUAAUCAGCUAGAUUGGGAGGAACAUAGUUCUGCUGGUAGAUAUGUUAGGAGACGCUGCAAACCAUUAAAGGCUCCGGACGCGCAGGCUCAGCAGCGAUGGCUCACGGGCCUAGCCGCUUCGCGGCAUGUGGGAUCUUCCCGGACCGGGGCACGAACCCGUGUCCCCUGCAUCGGCAGGCGGACUCUCAACCACUGCGCCACCAGGGAAGCCCAAGAAUUCUACUUUUGAUUCCCUAUCAUAGCAGUUUUUAUUGCUACAUUUCACUGAAACUGGAAGGGGGAAUAGAAUUUUCAAAGAAUUUUUCUUUUUUUAACCAAUCAAGAAUGGUCAACUAUUCAGAUGUAUUUUCUUACAUUCACUCCUUUCCUGGUUUUAGUUUGUUUUUAAAUGUUGCAAUUCUGGGGAGAAGUUAUAUAUAAUUAAAAGACUUUAGCAUAGAUUUAAUUGUAAAGACUUGAAACCAUCCUAAAUAUCCCAAAGGAGCAGACACCUCAUAGGUCUAGUUCUUUAGAUACUAUCAACAGCAGUUACAUGUAAUGAGAUUAAAGAUUAAUUGUAGAUUUGGAGGAGUUCCCAUGCACCCCCUCCUCCCAGUGACUUAAAAUGUUUCCCAUUACAAAUAUAAAUGAAAAGGUUUUUUUUUACUUAAAAAAAAACAGUGCUGCUUUUUUUUAUCAUGAGCUUUGAAUUUUAUUAUUAUUAUUUUUUUUUGCAGUACGUGGGCCUCUCGCCGUCGCGGCUUCUUCCGUUGUGGAGCACAGGCUCCGGACGCGCAGGCUCAGCGGCCAUGGCUCACAGGCCCAGCUGCUCCGCAGCAUGUGGGAUCUUCCCGGAACGGGGCACGAACCCGUGUCUCCUGCAUCGGCAGGCGGACUCUCAACCACUGCACCACCAGGGAAGCCCGAGGUCCCUCUUAAUGUGUAUUCCACAUCCUGAAAGAUGGCACUGCAGUCUUUUAGCAUAUUGUUUCUGAAUACUCUGAGUUGGUGCUUCACCUGUGCCUUCAAAAGGCAGUUCCAGUGUUCUGUGAGGCUGGCUGCUUCUGGCUGGUGCAGGAUGUAAUACAACCAGUGGAUUCCAUGGUCAUGGGCUCACUCCCCCUCUUACUCUGCUGUAAAGUGGGUUCCCUGGUCAGAUGCUCUGUUAUAUAGGACUCCAUACCUGUGGAAUGGGGAAUCUGUAUGGAUAGUGGUGCUGGCUGAGGCUCUGCAAACAGGGAAGACAAGCCCAUACCUAGUAUAGCUAUCCACCCCUGUGAGGGACAAAUUGCUGGCCCUUCUGGGAUGAAGAGAGUCCAAAGUAGUUAAUUUGCCACCAAGUAGCCUGAGGACUAGUGCCUAUCGCUGACAGGUUAGCCAUUUCAGAGGCAGCAGUAGCUAGAUUGACCUUGGUAAUCUAUAUGCAUGUUAGGGAAUGUAGUGGAUUCCUGCCCACCCCCCAGAUCUGCUCUCCACCACUCUGACUCAGCUCUCUGCCCUUAGGAGGCUGACCUCUUUGCAUUGCAUCAUCUGGGCUCCCUUGCCCUGUAGGUUUGGUCAGUGGGAGGACCAGCAGAUCAGAGAGUUAAGAGGAGAGAGAGAUUAUCCCCCAGCUCCUUACCUUCCAAGCCAUGGUUUUGCAGAAGUGGUAUCCCUUGACCAAAGGCCACAGCUCCUGUUGAGCUGACCUUUGUCUAGCUCCGAGCAUUCACAGGGUUCCCACACAGUUCCUCCUUCUCCCCCCUGUAGCUAGAGAUGGUAAUGGCCUCCCACUGUUUAUACUCCAGAGUGCUUCUUCAACAUCCCCUGUUGGCUUCCCUUAAUCUGCCCCACCAUGUAGACAGUCUCUACAGUCAGACUGUCUUCAGUCUGAGGAUGCCAUCUGUUCCUUCCAGGACCUCAACUUACAAAAUAGAGUAUUUUCUGCCUUGUCUUUUAAAUUAAGCUGUAGGCAGUAAACAUAUUUUCGCCCUUCCUUAAUUCACUUGACAAAUAUUUGCCAGAUCCUGUACUGCUCUUUGAGAAAACAGGGGCGAACAAGACAAAUGGGUAACUUUGUCUUGUUAAUAAAAAGGUAACUUCAAACAGUGAUAAAUUAUCUUCCUGAGUAAUCCUUCUGAGGCCUGCGAGUGAAGCCUCCUUAGAUUGGACAGGUCUUUUGGAGAUAGUGAGGUUUGAGGACCUGGGACCUUGACCUGAAGGAGGAGCUUGCUCAAAGAUCUGAGAGCAGGAUAUUCCAGAUAGUGAGGCUGUAGGCAAGGGCAAAGGCCAAAGAGACCAAUGAGCUUGGCUUGUUUAAUACACAGAAGCUUCUGGAAUAUGGUGAACAAUACAUGCAGGUGAUGGGCAAUUUGCCUAUGUGUUUGUAGCAAGAAUGAUGUGCCAACUUGUAAUAUGGUGUUGGCCUCUUUUCAAAGAAGACAAUCCAGUUUGCUGAGCAAGUACUUUUCAAACUACUUAUUGGGCAUAUGCUAGAUCUUAGCAAGACCUAUCUCUGUAUAACCACUUAACUGUGACCCCAAGUUACCUAAGGUCACAGCUACAAAGUUGCAGAGGUGAGAUGCCAACCACUUGUUUUAUUCCAAUCUUGGAGGUAAUUUUCCCCUCCAAAUUAAGGGAUUAAGGAGGAAUAUGUCAGCUGAAAGUCCUCAACAGUGUUAAGAGCUGUCCAAAGACGCUAAUAAAUCCAAAGAUACCCAGAGGGUGGGAAGAUAUAACAGGUCUUUUUUUAAAAACCGGCUGUGGAUUUGCCCAAAUUACAAAGGUCCAAGCAA